GCUGCCUGCGUCCCCGUGAUGCUCAGCAACGGGUGGGAGCUGCCCUUCUCGGAGGUGAUUGAUUGGAACCAAGCUGCCGUCAUCGGGGAUGAGAGAUUGUUAUUACAGAUUCCUUCUACAAUCAGGUCUAUCCAUCAGGAUAAAAUCCUAGCACUUAGACAGCAGACACAGUUCUUGUGGGAGGCUUAUUUUUCUUCAGUUGAGAAGAUUGUAUUGACUACACUAGAGAUUAUUCAGGACAGAAUAUUUAAGCACAUAUCACGUAACAGCUUAAUAUGGAACAAACAUCCUGGAGGGUUAUUUGUACUGCCACAGUAUUCCUCAUAUCUGGGAGACUUUCCUUACUACUAUGCUAAUCUCGGUUUGAAGCCUCUUCCCACAUUCACUGCCGUAAUCCAUGCAGUAACUCCCCUGGUUUCCCAAUCUCAGCCUGUGCUGAAACUCCUGGUUGCUGUAGCCAAGUCCCAGUACUGUGCACAGAUUAUUGUGUUAUGGAAUUGUGAUAAACCCCUCCCAGCCAAACACCGCUGGCCUGCCACUUCUGUGCCUGUCAUAGUCAUUGAAGGAGAGAGCAAGGUGAUGAGCAGUCGCUUCCUACCCUACGACAACAUAGUUACAGACGCGGUGCUAAGCCUGGAUGAGGACACCGUGCUUUCCACCACCGAGGUGGAUUUUGCCUUUACAGUUUGGCAGAGUUUUCCAGAUAGGAUUGUAGGGUACCCUGCUCGCAGUCACUUCUGGGACAACACUAAGGAGAGAUGGGGCUAUACCUCCAAAUGGACUAAUGACUAUUCCAUGGUAUUGACAGGAGCUGCUAUUUACCACAAAUAUUAUCACUACCUGUACACUCAUUACCUGCCUGCCAGCCUAAAGAAUAUGGUGGACCAACUGGCCAAUUGUGAGGACAUUUUAAUGAAUUUUUUGGUGUCAGCUGUGACAAAAUUGCCUCCAAUCAAAGUAACACAGAAAAAGCAGUAUAAGGAGACCAUGAUGGGACAGACCUCGAGGGCCUCGCGCUGGGCCGACCCCGACCACUUCGCGCAGCGGCAGAGCUGCAUGAACACGUUUGCCAGCUGGUUUGGCUAUAUGCCGCUGAUCCACUCUCAGAUGAGGCUCGACCCUGUCCUCUUUAAAGACCAGGUCUCCAUCCUGAGGAAGAAAUACCGAGACAUUGAACGACUCUGAGGAGCCCGGCCGAGGGCACCGAACUGUUCGCCCUGCCCAGCGCACACCCAGCGACACGAGGAGCCAGACUGUGCGAGGACAGAAGAGUCCCAAAAUGCGGCUCCCGGGGGUGCAUUGCCCUGGACUGCUUCGAGCCACCUCACAGGCUUCUGUCGCUCGAGACUAGGUUGUGUACAGUUUCAUUAUGGAACAUUAAAUAAUUAUUUUUGAAAUGAUUGCUAUGCAGGUUUAAACUUUUUUAAUGAUCAAAAAAAAACUAUUAAAAACAGAGUUCUUUCUUUAAUCAAAAUUGUGUUGGUUGUGAAUGUUUCAGAGCUGCCAUUUCUUUCUCACAUGCAUUCGAUUGCUAUUUUCAUUCAUUUUCCCUUGCAAAGUUAAAUGUUUGAAUCUCACAGGGAGAAAAUGCAGCAGUUACUUACAGAAACAAAUGGAGCACAAGCAGGACAGAAACUAAGUACUGUGCUUUUCACUUGCUGCUGACUCUUUCUUUUCUUGA